AGGCCCACCCACCCCACUCCUCUCUCCAGAGUCCAGAUAAGGCGCUCCGCUUCCCCCCUCCCGCCUCCGCACCCUCCUCCAUCUAUCCUCCCCGGCACGAGCCGUCGUCCAGUCCACUUCCGCACGGUCCGCCGCCGCGACUCCACCGGCGGCGCCGCUCCCGAGCCCAGCCGAGGCCGAGCCAAUGGUGGCUCCCGCGACGCUCUCCCUCCGCCCCUGCGCGCCGCCCCGUGCCGCGCCGCCCCGCGGGCGGGCCUGGUUCGCGACCGCUACCCGCGCGCCCCCGACCGUCGCCGUCUCCUACUCGGCGCGGCCCUUCGGUGGCAUCCGCCGCGCCGUUGCCGUCGACUCCGACCAGCAGUGCUCCCCCGAGCCUCCCGAGCAGGAGAAGAAGCCCAAGACGUACUACUUCCUGGUGGCGAACGCCAAGUUCAUGCUGGACGAGGAGGAGCACUUCCAGGAGCAGCUCGCCGAGAAGCUGCGGAACUACGGCGAGCGCGAUAAGGAGCGCGACUUCUGGCUCGUCAUCGAGCCCAAGUUCCUGGACAGAUUCCCCAACAUCACCAAGCGCCUCAAGCGCCCGGCCGCCGCGCUUGUCUCCACCGACGGCAACUGGAUCACUUUCAUGAAGUUAAGGCUAGACAGGGUCUUACAAGACCAGUUCGACGCAGAGUCAGUUGAAGAGGCAUUGGCUUCUAAUCCUGUUGAGUUGAAAUUUGAGAAGCCUGAGAAAUGGACAGCUCCAUAUCCUAAAUACGAGUUUGGAUGGUGGGAACCCUUCUUGCCUCCAAAAUCGAGCAAUGGCACAGCGUAGAGAUAAGCAGCAAUCCAUGUGAUAUGAGGAAUUGAAGAUUUCUUCAGUGUAAGUGAUGAAUGUAAUUUUAUUUUUGAUGAUGAGUAUGUAGUACUUGAGGUUGUACGAGUAGUUGAAUUAGUUGCAGAGCUUUGGUAAUACCAAAUAAUCACCGGUUUUGUUUGAGCAAGUCGUGGUUCUGUAAUGGCGAUUGCAUCUUUUCU